GCAUAUUGCGUUUCACCUCAUGUGUUUUGUGAUCAGUGCAAUUGGUGGGGGGAGGCGAAUCGAGGAAGCCACUAUGGAACACAUGAAUGGUUUAUUAUACGUCUCACUGUCUCCGCCCUCUGAAGAAAAAAAAGUCCACACACACACACAAGAGCUAGGAAAGCGGGAUGUUUCAUCAGCGAAUGUGAAGUCAACUGUAUUUUGUCGUCCUGUCGAUCUUUCAAAGUUAAACCAAAGGUAAAGUAACCAACGUCAUACAUUUUUUAAAUUGUACUGAAAAGUCUGUGUGCUUACGUUUCGAUGUUGUGGUCCAUGUGUUUGCCGAAACUGCACGAGACUCCGUAGUAUUUUACUAUGGCUAAUUCUGACGCAAUCAUACCCGCGCGUUACAAUCAUAAUAACGUUAGCUAGCUACUAUAACGAUACUUUAUAUUUAAAACAAUACAUUACUGGUUAUGUUUUUAGGGAUUGGAAUACUCAUUGGCUGUGUUUCUUUGUUUGAAAUAAAUAGUUAGAUGGGUACCUAACAUCCAACAGUACCAGUACCAUUGCUGGUUAGGCGGUUGAUGUUUUUAGCGGGGAACGUUAACUUAGCCAGUUAGCAUAUUGGCUAUAAAUGGUAGCUAAACUAGGUAUAACCUAAGAUGUGCCGUUUAAAUCCAUGUUGCUGCAACUAACUAAACUAUCUUGCCGUGUGUAAAAGCUUCUGUGUGCUUUCAUUCAUUGCUUUGUUUGCUAGCUCGUGCUAGCUAUCAAACAAAGUCUUAAGUCAAUUAACAUUAUCUAGCUAACAAGGUAUCUAGCUAACUAACGUUAGGUAGAAAACUACACAUCAACGAACUGUAGGUAUGCAUGUGUGCAGCCUGUACUAUCUAAGGGUGGGUAGGUAACUAGUUAGUAAACCAAUCAUAAACAACUUUUAUAAUAGACAAGUCUAGCUAGUAACUAUACAGUAGACGGGUCCUUGGCUUGACUGUUGUCCUGCUGCUGUAACGCGUUAGAUGCAUAACCGCCUUUUAAUGUAUUGCGUCAGCUGUUGCAUCAGCUUGAGCUCGCUAGCUAGCAGCAUUUUAUAGUUGCUGCUAUUAACUAGCCACAACUGUAGCAAAAAUUGUUCAACGUUAUAUUCAAUGUGAGGACUCCUUGUCUGUGUGUUGAAAGGUUUUCUUGUUUGCCCUCUGUCUCAUGUCAGACAGUUGUUCAUGGAUCGGUAGCCCAACAUGUACUCUUAAGGAGCCUAAGUUUACCGCGUUACUUAGUAAGUGUUUGAUGUUCAGGUUGGUCAUCAUGCAGAGGAACAUUUUGUUUUAUUAUAGGGGGGUUCUUUGCAUCAGCUGACUCAUACAAGGGGUCACUUUUUGCAUUGAAGGCAUUUAUUUGAUCACCCUAGUAUUCUAAACUGAUGGAUGGAAAUACACAUUUGCUUGUUAUGGUAAUUGCAGGGAAAUUUUCUGGAAAAUGUUCAGGGGAAAUUUGCCCCAAGCCCUGUGUAGACUGGUCAGUGGUCUUGGCGGAUGCAGAGGCAUUGGACAUUGAGAAAGGAGGGAGGGACCCUGUUGGCUCGGUUCCAGUGGCUUGAGGAGUUGCACAGUUCACUCAUAGCAGUAGGCAUAUGUCCUUCUUUGACUAGAAAACGGAUUGCUUCAUAGCGUCAAAAAGCUAGACAACUAUUGACUGUCUGUGAUGCAUGAAAUGUGCCGCCCAUCACAUAGCUCCAAGGGUGACCUCGCCCACCGAGAUUAGAAGGCUGAAAGGGCACUCUUCCCCACAACUGCACCAGCCUAUUCAAAAGUAUCCACUCCCCCAAUGAACAUAUGACACAGCCUAUGAAAGGGGCACGAAACCCCAUGUGUAGGUGUUAAAAUAAUUUCCUUAUGUGUGCUUAAAAUAUUGAAUCUACUGUGACUGUACCCAGAAAUUGCAUGGUGAAUUAGGUCUAUAAUCAAUAGCCUAACUGUUAAAUGUGCUUUGUAAACCAUCCAUAUACAGUGCAUUCGGAAAGUAUUCAGAACCCUUGACUUUCGACACAUUUUGUUACGUUACAGCCUUAUUCUAAAAUGGAUUAAAUUGUUUUUUCCUCUCAUCAAUCUACACACAAUGCCCCAUAAUGACAAAGCAAAAACAGGUAUUUUGAAAAUGUUAUGAAAAAUAAAAAAACAGAAAUAUUACAUUUACAUAAGUAUUCAGACUCUUUGCUCAGUACUUUGUUGGGUAUGACGCUACAAGCUUGGCACACCUGUAUUUGGGGAGUUUCUCCCAUUCUUCUCUGCAGAUCCUCUUAAGCUCUGUCAGGUUGGAUGGGGAGUGUCGCUGCACAGCUAUUUUCAGGUCUCUCGAGAGAUGUUCAAUACCGGGCUCUGGCUGGGCCACUCAAGGACAUUCAGAGACUUGUCCCGAAGCCACUCCUGUGUUGUAUUGGCUGUGUGCUUAGGGUUGUUGUCCUGUUGGAAGGUGAACCUUCGCCCCAGUCUGAGGUCCUGAGCGCUCUGGAGCAGGUUUUCAUCAAGGAUCUCUCUGUACUUUGCUCCGUUCAUCUUUCCCUCGAUCCUGACUAGUCUCCCAGUCCCUGCCACUGAAAAACAUCCCCACAGCAUGAUGCUGCUACCAGCAUUUGUCACUGUAGGGAUGGUGCCUGAUUUCCUCCAUAUGUUAUGCUUGGCAUUCAGGCCAAAGAGUUCAAUCUUGGUUUCGUCAGACCAGAGAAUCUUAUUUCUCAUGGUCUGAGAGUCCUUUAGGUGCCUUUUGAUCAACUUACAUUUUUUGAAGAAUACUUUUUGUCAUAGGCCUGGCUGGCUUUCAUCCACUUUAAACGUGUGCUUGUCUGAGGUGUCGGACUCAGUUGCUAUCAAUUGGAGGGCUGCGAUUGGUUGGCCAAAAUUAUGGGGUGGGGCUUGGCAUAGGGUCAAUUUUGGGGAGGUGCGUGUAUCUAUGUGAAAAUGGGAUACCGGACUAUCACAUUUCAGCGUCUGUGGCCUUACUAUGAUUUAUGCUUUAGGCCUAAAGAAAUUACUGCCUAUAAAAACGUGUAUCUGAUGGGAUACACAAACACAAACUGUAGACAAGCUACAUUCCUUGCCAAAUCACGACAGCUUUAUUUACGAAUAAAAAAUGGACUGGUUGAUAUAAAGUAGGGAAAUAUGUGUUACACUCACGAGCUGCAGUUUUGAAAUAUUAGAUACAUCUCAUCUAUUUUAGUUGUUUUUGAGAACUGUUAUAGUGUGCCAUUUAGAAUAGGUUACAAUCCCCCUAAACCUAGGCAGGUUCCAGACUGAAAUAUGCACAAACAUUGUUUUGAUGAAGACCAAUAGCAUAUUCAUUAGUGUAUGGGCCUACUUUUUUUUCUUGUUUAAUUGACAAAAGCCUGCCCAUCAAGUUUAAGCUCACAAAUCAAACACGGCAAAUACGCUACAUCUCAGUUUAAGAUACUGACUUUAUGACAAAUGAUGCUAUUUACACUUGUUUUUGACUAAUAUCAAUGCAACAUCGGCCCUUUUGAACCAGAGAAGUUGGUUUUUGAGUUCAGCUGCCUUUUUAAUAAGUAUUAUCUUAAUUGUGUGUAAUUGUUUGUAUAAAUUUAGUCCAUAUACAUGUAUUUCAGUGUCUAUAGCUAGGUUUCCAUCCAAUUGGCAACAGAUUUUCAUGCAAAUGGUGUCAAAUACGCAUAAAGAAAAUAUUUGCUUUUUCCCACAAGUGGUGUGUUUCCACAACGGACUUAUUGAGGAUAAAAAUCAGUGUGUGAUGACAGUGCACAUAAUGUACUUUUUUCACUUAAGUUUUCAUGUACCGAAUAAAAAUCCAAAGUUCAAUGUGUUUCCAUCGCAUUUUCAACUCUAUCGAUAGUUUUUUCACAAACUGUUGCGUAAAAUAGCAAAUGUGCCUACUCUGGUCUUGGCCCUGGUGCUCUAGCCAACAGCUCACAGAUACAGUGCGGGUAGGCUAGUCUACAUGAUGAGGUUUAUUAGAAUUUGUUGUUGUUAUUAUUAUUAUGGAUAAGAAUAUUUUUAUUUGUCAAACGGCAGUCAAGCAUCGAUCAUCAGACCCUCGAUAUUUAUUGGAAAGGAGCAUCAAAAUCACAGUGCACUUUCACCACCCUGUGAAGUUCAUAAGUUAUUUCAUCUCCAGCCUAAUAAACUGCAUGGUUUCCUAAGUUGCAGUGAAAGGCCACACACCAUAUCAUUGCGUGACUCGGUUAUGAUGGUUAUUAUAUCAAUAUUUGCACAUAGGCGUUUAUACGACCAUUUCUCGCAUGAUUUAAUUGUACAGACACAGAGAUCCCACCAUGUUGAACGAACAAAUUGUACCGAAGCGUCCUAUUUCCAUCAUAGCUGUUGUGAUUUUUUAUAUAAGGUAUGACUUUACUCCCAUAAAAACUGGAUGGAAACUGCCAUGUGGGAAUAAAAAAACGUGUACUUAACAGUGAGCAGGAACACUAACCAAUAAGGGAACCCACUCUUUCCACUUACUUAUAUAGUAUCAUAAGUUAGCUAAUGAUUAGGGCCUAGGUCUUAAGUUUUGUUUAUUUCAUAUGCUAUCUUUCAGCACUAGGAAGCUUAGGUCACCAUGAUCACAAACUAGGCUAAUCAUAAUAACGUAUCGUUAUGGCAGAGUUGGGGCUAGACAAUAAGUAAACAGACCACAUGUUGACAGUGAGUCAAAACAAAAACAUGCUUUGUGUGGAGUGAACAACAGUCCAUAAUGAGAUUCCGGUCUAAGAUAAUCCUCUUAGACUGUUGCAGCAUGUGCUCUGGAAAAGCUUAGUGAGGCAAAUAAUAUACAGUAUCUACGGAACCUUCCGGGGGGGGUUUACUUGUGUGCUGGGAGACCUAGUAAAAAGCACCUUAACAUAAGCCUAAAUGCAAUCCAUAUGGUAUUAGGUAGUGAUACCAUGGCUCUCUCUUGUCCCUCUGCAGCAGACAUAUGGUGAGCAAUGUUUGGAACAUCCAAUCUCAAUAAUAUCACAGUAUCGAAUCGCAAUACAUAUAGAAUCGUGAGAAUCUCGAUGCAUAUAGAAUCGUGAGAUAUUGUGAUAAUAUCAUAUCGUGAGGUCCCUGGCAAUUCCCAGCCCUAAUAUUAGGCCAAUUAGCCUAGGCUUAGUUUUUUUUAAUGCUCUUUAAAUAGGUCAGUGGAAGUAGUCCUGCACAUUGUAUACUAUAGGCUACCUAUUCCAGAAAAGGGCAGAGUGACACAACCCUUUAGCCCUGGAGGUUGGAGCAGGUCUAAUUGAGCUUUCAGGCAGUAGAUUAGAGGAGCCGAGUGUUAGCGUCUUCACAACCUGGUCUGAAACCGCCGCUGUUUCAGAGGCCAGCCACCCUCGUGAAGACCACAAGGAAAAGAUUAGCCUAGUUGGUCUGGGUGACGCAGGGUGGCCUAUCUCCAAAGCUUACUGUGUGGGCCGAACAAAACAGACUAAAACCUCUCAGGCGCCGCACAUUAAUCGCAGGCAGGGAGACUCCCAGAGUGAACCUUUCCCAGGGCCAGAGAUGAUGCCUGCCCGCCUGCCUCUAAAAAAGCAAGUGCAACUCUUCAGGAGAGCAGACCCAGUAUCUGUUUCAGCAUGUCAGUCUUGCAUAACUAUUCAGUUGUUCAAUUAUAACCCCUAGAGAGCACAGCCAUGCUGUGUAAGUUUUAAUACACUGGUUUAAGUUACAAGGUGGAUAUGCCAAGCCAAUGCAGACUUCAAUAAGGGAAGCCGUUGUGUGUGUGUGUGUGUGUCCAAGGACAGGAUGGACUAUAGUUGGCUGCACCAUUCUGAUCCAAUCACGGAGGCUAGCCCAGACUGCCCGAUCAAACCAGCAUUGGCUAUUUUCCCUGUAGACAGUUUGUGACAGUAACUACAAUGCCUGAUACAUGAAAGUUUGUUAUUUUUGAACAAUUGUUUUAAUUUCCCAUUACCUUCAGAGGCCAGGGGAUAUGUUUAUUUUAUACUGACAUUCCUUUUUUUGUUCUGUGUUUGCAAAUUGUUUUCUCAAUAACCUUCCGGUGAUUGUGCACAGUGUUCUAUGGAUAACAACAUGUAGAAUGGGCUUGAAACCGUUUAUUAUUAUUAUUAUUAGUUGGCUAUUAUUAUAGGUGUUACAGAGGCUAAGUUACACCUCCAAGUCUCCAACCUUUUGUGGAGUGGUUGUGGUGAAGAGGCAGUGUCUCAUAUCUCAAAUAAGCAGUAGCCAUGAUGACCUUACGGUUGGUCAGCACAGGGACCAGGCGUUCUGUGCGACGUGCCUAAUGUCAACAUGGAGCUGUGUGGACAGCUGCUGCCAGUCAGACAAGGUCAUGUGACCAGAGCUUAGGAGGUGGUUGUGUGUGAGUGUCUUGCAGUCUGCCACCUGCACAGAUAGAGAUGCUGUCUGUCCUUGAGCUGAAGGGCCCUCGAUUUGGUGUAACUGGCGCUAUCAUUAUUAUCAGUCAGCCUGCCCCUAGAGAUACCAAAACACUACAUUGCUGACGUGAAUGCUACGAUUUGUUGUAGUCGUUACACAAGAUUGCCGAGAAGAGGUUUUGCUUGAAACUUUGCAGCGUUGGCACUUUUGUGGGACAUGCUAGUUGUAAUACAAAGUGGGAUACCAAUUUGAAGACUUCUAACACUUGAGUUUACAUUGAUCUACUGCAUACAUUAGGCCUAGCUCUUAGAGGAAUGCAAAUGAACCUUGUGACAGUGUUGAACUUUGAUAAUGUGAAAAAGGUGGUACAGUAUAAUAGGCUACGGUUGUUUCUGAUGACUAAAGGUGGUCAGCAUGUGGGCAAUUCCAUGGUAAAGGCAUUACGCUGAGACUCAGAUUUUUCACUUUAAUAUGUAUACCAAUAGCAACAUGCUGUUCCUUAGAAUAAUGUGUGGUUUGGUUGUCUGGAAACCUGCAUGAGGGGAAUUAAAACAUGGACCAAGUCCCAAAAUGGAAGAAUUACUGGAAUUACCUGAGUAGGAGGAACCGAUACUAGUGUUGCAUCACACAGAAAUGUAAUGUAUCGACUUGACCAAAUAUGCACACGAGCUAAUCAGUCAGUUCGUUAUCCCAGAGACAGAUGGUUUGCAAACAAGGGAUCCACACAAAACAAUGUUUUUUAAAACUACACUUCGUCAGCAACAACAACUAGCUUAAAUGUAGCCUAUUUUCUCACAUACUCACUCAUUAAUCUGCUUCCCCUCUGUUUGAUCUCAGGAUCUCUCCAUCUCAACUCUUCACUGCUCUGCUCAACAACUCCUUCAGUUUCGCAGCUCCAGCUCCCUCCACAGACACAACCAUGGUAGACAAGAUGGCCUCCUUUGGCCUGAUCUUGUUGCGACGCAGGGCACUGGACUGCUCCGAUGAGGGAACCCGCUUCGCCCGCUGCCUCUCCACACUGGACCUGGUGGCCCUGGGGGUGGGCUCCACAUUAGGGGCAGGGGUGUAUGUCCUGGCUGGCGAGGUAGCCAGGGAGAAGGCUGGUCCUGCCAUCGUACUCUGCUUCCUCAUCGCUGCGCUCUCCUCCAUGCUGGCCGGACUCUGUUACGCCGAGUUUGGUGCCCGCGUACCCAAGACAGGUUCGGCGUACCUUUAUAGCUAUGUGACGGUUGGCGAGAUCUGGGCCUUCAUCACGGGGUGGAACCUCAUCCUCUCCUAUGUCAUCGGUGAGUUAGUAGAUUGAAAAUUGGUGACAUUUUCAAAGGCUUUGCAUUGAGCUACUAUGUUCAUAGUGGCUAGUUUCUAGUCUCCCUUAUCCUCUUUUAGUUUGGUUGAUGUUUUCCAUGAUGUGAACUUCUUCUCCUUGGUCCUCUGUCCUUUAGGUACAGCCAGUGUGGCCCGAGCCUGGAGCUCUACGUUCGAUAACCUGGUGGAGCAGAAGAUAUCCGUCUUCUUCAGGUCGUCCAUGGCCAUGAAAGUCCCGGGGGGCGUGCUGGCUGAAUACCCUGACCUGUUUGCACUCAUCCUCGUCCUCUUAUUAACUGGUGAGGACUUCAGCAUUCAGUCAACCAAAAUGUAGAAUGCUGGGGGAAGCAGGACAUAAGUUAUUCCCUCAUCGUAAAUGUACAGUAUUGUAAUGUACACAUGCAUAAUGUGACUUGAUUUGUGGUAAUAAUGUCAUACUGUUGCUUCUUCCAGGGCUGCUGGCGUUUGGCGUGAGUGAGUCUGCUCUGGUCAAUAAGAUCUUCACAGGGAUCAACCUGGUGGUGUUGGGCUUCAUCAUCAUCUCAGGCUUUGUGAAGGGAGACGCAGCCAACUGGAACCUCUCCUUGGACAACUUUGUGAACACCUACCCCAACCCUGGCAUCAACACCAAUAGCACCAACACUUCCAGCAUAUCCCAAGAGUGAGUCCUUCAAUACAGAUUGAUACCGGCUGAGAUUUAGCCAGAGAUUCCAUUAUAGGUCACCGGUAUUGAGUAAAUCAUGCUUUCAUGUGUAUAGCUGUGUUUACCCUGAAUUUGGUUUCAGAAAUAUAACAGUAAAACCGUAUAAUUGACGUGCCUCCUCUCUGUCCCUCAGGGUUGUGGAUAAGACGUUUGGCACAGGUGGUUUUGCGCCAUUUGGCCUCAGUGGCAUUCUGUCUGGUGCUGCCACCUGCUUCUAUGCCUUUGUGGGUUUCGACUGCAUCGCCACUACAAGUGAGUUAUGUACUGUGCUCCAGAGCGAAACAUUAGAUAGGUCCACCUCGUUUGUUCUCAAUAGAUUGAGCGUUCACUUACAUUCCAUUCAUCAAAAUGUCGCUUUUAAAAUGGUGGAAUGUAUAGUUCUCUUUGGUGGUCCUCUCUCAUAGUUCCAGACAAAUAAUUGUAUUUUCCCCCCCUAGGCGAAGAGGCUAAGAACCCCAUGCGCUCCAUCCCCGUGGGUAUCGUGGCCUCUCUGCUCAUUUGUUUCUUUGCCUACUUCGGGGUGUCUGCGGCCCUCACCCUCAUGAUGCCCUACUACCUGCUGAACACCCAGAGCCCCCUGCCAGAGGCCUUCAGCUACGUGGGCUGGGCUCCUGCUCGCUACAUCGUGGCAGUGGGCUCCCUCUGUGCUCUCUCCACCAGGUCAGUUAGGCUGCUAGACCGCGCUACUGCUACUGUUCUGUAGCUCCCUUGUCUUCUACGCUAAAGUCCGCAGUACUUGACGUUCUUGUUAUGCUAUCGAAUGCUCUGUUUGUUUACUUGUAUGUAAUGUUGGUUUUUGUUGUCGUCCUAGCCUGCUUGGGUCCAUGUUCCCUAUGCCGAGGGUUAUCUACGCCAUGGCAGAGGAUGGGCUCCUGUUCCGUGGCCUGUCACGCAUGAACGCUCGCACCAAGACCCCCCUGAUGGCUACUAUCGUCUCUGGCUGUGUGGCAUGUGAGUUCAGCCCUCCACCCUCUGUUCAUUCAUCUUGUUCUGCGCUACUACCUCUGGGUUCCACUGUAGUCAAGUCCUGCUGUUUCCUAUGUUUGUGUUUAUGUAUGAAACUAUGAAUGUGCAGCAGGAGGGAAGCCUGUAGAAAUAGACCCUUUGAUCAGUGGAAUGCUUUUAAACAUUUUUCUUUGUUUUUCAAUGCCGGAAUAACUAGAGUAAAUAACCAACUGAAUGGAUGUCGAUUGUCUUUUAUAUAGUUAGUAUGAUGGUAAUGCUCAUUGUCCCCUCUCCUUGUAGCUCUGAUGGCCUUCCUCUUUGACCUGGCUGCCCUUGUUGACCUCAUGUCCAUAGGGACACUGCUGGCCUACUCACUAGUGGCCAUCUGUGUGCUCAUCCUCAGGUGGGUGAUGACUUAUACCACAUACUUUUCUAUUUUUAAAUAUACUAUAAUGCCUAACACAGCAUUUGUGGUAUUGCAAUUGUGAUUGGUCUCCAUUUAUGUGGUUUGCUUAUCGUAUUCGACAUUCUCAGUGUGAGUACCUUUCAUGGUCCAGGAAACUGACCUGCUCUUCCCUCCUGUCCAUGUGUGUCCAGGUACCAGCCAGGCACCCUGAGCUCGUCCAGUCAGAGUGAGAAGCUGGUGGAGCUGGUGGGAGGGGAGAAGGUGGCCGUGUCCAGUGGGGACAGUGGAGAUGAGUACGGCCUGGAUCUGGAGGACCGCCCCGUCCGGGAGAAGUUCACCCUCCGCCGCCUCCUCUUCCCCAGCGGGAAUCUACCCACUAAGAUCUCUGGGAACAUCGUCUAUGCCACCACGGCCAUUAUCUGUGAGUGACACCUCUUCUCUUUCUCAUUCACUUAUGCUGUUGUAAUGCGGUUGACCAUGGGUUGUUUUCAAAGCGGCUCUUUUUAGAGAAAGCACAUUUUGACUCUCUUCGUCCUCUCUAGCGGUGCUCAUCACUGUGCUGUGUGUGGUGCUGGCGGGGAAGCUGGAUGCGUUGAUCGAGGUUCAGCCUGUGUGGGUGAUGGUGUGUGCAGUGCUGGCCUUGCUCUGUACCCUUUGUGUCAUAAUCAUCUGGAGGCAACCCGAGAGCAAGGAAGCCCUCACCUUCAAGGUUAGUUUCUGGAUACUUAUUUCAUUUAAACAGGUUCGUUGUUUUGUUCAUGGCUUAAAACCAAUUCAUAAUACAACUUCUAUGCAGUAAAAUAACUAACCUGUCUCUCUCCCCCCCUCUAGGUGCCCCUGUUGCCUUGGCUGCCUCUGUUCAGUGUCUUUGUCAACAUCUACCUCAUGAUGCAGCUGGACAUGGCUACGUGGUGCCGCUUUGCUGUGUGGAUGGGCAUUGGUGAGUUAGAUUACAUUAUGCAGGAAAUGUUUCUAGAAUCACAUGUUAAAGAUGGAAUCCGCAGUAGGGGAAACAGUCCGCCCCACGGUCAAUGUUUUUGUUUUGUUGGCAAAGCAGAGGUGAGGCUCAUCACCCAACGUGGUAAAAAAAAUGGCAGUACAUCUGAUGUUUUAUCUCUCGUGCAAUGAUGUCCGGGGGGGGGGGGGGGGGGACAGUGUUCAUUGUUUGCAGUAACUUUGUUGUAAUAUCGCAAACGGACGUGGCAGUUUGACCAUUAAGGAUUCCCCCUUUUUUAAGUCAGUUUCUGAGCAGCAGAAUGUUAACUUAAUUCCUCUCUUUUUCUCUUUCCCUUAGGAUUCGCAAUCUACUUCUGCUAUGGGAUCUGGCACAGCAGCGAGGCAGCCAGCAACACCCCCCGGAAAUAUGAGCCUGCCCUCCAGACCAAGAAGAAGCCCAUCUACCUGGGGGGAGACGAGAGUGAGGUGGAGGGGAUGAGCCCC